GCCCAGCCGAUUAGGAAUGGUCAACACAGGUCAAAUGCUGUACGCAGAUGAGUAUACACACUUUAAAACCCUCCUCCCUCCUCACUGUGCACUUUUACCUGGUGCUCUGUGCUCUCGUUUUAAUCCCCUAUUUACGUUGCUGUCGUUUAGAAGAGAUUUGACCUAUAAAGGUAAGCAAGUAACUUUUUCCAACCACCUUUUCAUCAUUGUUAAUAUACAGUAUGAUUAGGACCAGGUUUUUUUUCCCUGACCAAGUGACCUAACCAGGAAAAACUCUGGGCCCUAGUUAUAGCUUGUAACCCUCCUGUACCCAGUUUAAGCGUUAUCGUCAACAUUUCUCUAUUAUGAAGAAUAUGCUGUGCUGUAUGUUUGUGAACAUGUGGAUUCCGUGCAUUCUGUUUUUAUCCUUCAAUAUUUAUCUGCCUAAAGUGCAGCAUCUGCUGCAAUGAAUCACUUAAUUGACAUUUGAACAGACUUUUUCCCACAGCGACCCACUUGUUGAAUUCAUGCAUCUAAUUUUACAGUUGGUGGGAAAUAAUGAUCUCAUGAACAUGGAUGUGGGGGAUUCAUAACAUAACAUAACAUAAACAUAACAUGACAUAAACAUAACAUAAUUCCUUGAGCUCUCAGAAAUAAAGGUUAUUUAUUGGUUAUAUAUUUGAUGUAUUUUUGUUGUGUGUAUUCUGAAUAGUAAACACCUUUAGAUAUAGACCCCCAGGGUCUUCAAAUGGGAAAGAAACAAUAACCAUCAUUUACAUUACAAAUAAAAUGUAGAAAUGCUGGCUAAUUGUCUUGAAGCAUACUGUAACCAAUAUAAUACCUAGAGUUUUCCAUGCAUUGUUUAGCUUUGCAUGUUGUCCCUUGAGACCCUUCUCUUUAGUGAAACCAAAAUAGUACAUUUGUUAGUGCAGUGGUCAUAGUCCCUCUCUCCUCCACUGCUCCCUUCUUAUCCCUCUAUCUCUCUCUAGAGAUGCAGGUGUUCCUAGGGACGUUGCAUUGUACAGCAGUGGAGGGGGCAUGACCACAGAGCUCUCCUGUGACAGAGAGCACGGGGGGAGAAGAAGAGGGCUUCUUGGUCAAAAUGGAGGCCAACAACGGCAGUGAGAAAGAGAAGGAAAAAGAGAAAGUGGUCAAGAGGAGAACCAGGCCUAACUUCCUGCGCUACAUGCACUUGGAGAGGAGGAAGACGGACACCAUCGUGGUGGCCAACGAUGACAUCGCCGCCGACAUUAAAGGUGACAUCAACCUUGGGACCCUGGUGCGGAGGAGUCAGUCGGACAAAACGGAGUACAGUGCCAAACUUAAAGAGAAAAUGGCUCCCCUGUCCCCCCUGUCGUCGAUCCUGGCCUCCCCGGCCCUCGACCCCGUGGAGGUCCGCCUGAGGAAGAUGAGCCGCAGGUCAAAGGUCAUCCAGGAGCUGGUGCAGACGGAGAGGGACUUCCUCACCGACCUGGAGCUCUGCAUCAGAGAGGUGGUCAAGCCCCUCAGAGACAGACAGGUGGUGGACGUGGAUCGUCUGUUUACUAACAUGGAGACAGUGUGUGAGGUGUCGGCUGCGCUGCUCCACCGGCUGAAGGAGGCCACAGCUGAGCCAGACCCUGAGGCACUAGUCAUAGGGGAAGUGUUCAUUCAGGCCAAAGCAGCGCUGGAGGACGUCUAUAAAAUCUACUGCUAUCACCACGACGAUGCGAACUCUUUACUCAAGUCCUAUGAGAAAGAGGAAGGAAUCAAGCAACAUUUCAUCAGCUGUGUGUCAUCACUGAAGCGGAUAUACGACCAAGAGGGGAAACCCAACCUGCUGGACAUGGGUUCUCUGCUCAUCAAGCCGGUCCAGCGGGUCAUGAAGUACCCUCUGCUGCUCGGGGAGCUGUGGCACGCCACGCCCAGCGAUCACCCUGACAACAGGCCCCUCCAGGAGGCUCUGAACGCCGCCAAGAUCAUCAACGUCAACAUCAACGAGUUCAAGAGGAGGAAGGACAUCGUGAUGAAGUACAAGAGGACCGAGGAGGAUGGGGGGACACUCAUGGGUAAACUGAACAAGUUCAGCAUCCACUCUAUCAGGAAGAAGUCUGACAGGCUCACAGGAUACCUCAAGAUCCUCACAGGUGUGGAGCCACAGGUGAGAGAUGAGGUGUUCGACAAGGAGGAGAAGCUGUUCAGGAGUCUGGAGAAAGCAGUGAGACAACUAGUCAAGAACGUCCACUGUUACCUGAUACACAUACAGGAGAUGGUAGGUGUCGUGGUCCAGAAUGCUGCAGACCUGGAGGACAUCAUGAAGGAUCCAGACAAAAUAGACACAAACGGUACUCAGCACCUGAAGAACGGCAACAACCCAUACAAGCACUUUAAAGAGAGGAUGACACAUCUGGUCCUGGCACCCCUCUCCUCUCUCCAAGGCAUGUUCGCUGCCCCGCAGAAACUCAUCCAGAAACGCUACGACAAACUAUUGGACUACUGCAGCCGCCUGGAGCGCUCUCCCUCCUCCUCCACGUCUUCUGCCUCUUCUUCUUCCUCCUCUCCAUCACCUGUAUCCGAGGACCAGGGCCAGGUUGCGGCGCGGCGGGACUACGCAGCCCUCAAUGCUCAGCUGGUGGAGGAGCUGCAGAGAUUCAACAUGGCCGCCCAUACUAUUUUGUCCAACUGUGUCCUCUGCCUGGUGACCCUGCUGAAAGGCCUGAUGGACACGGCCUGCCACCACGCACCCUCCAUACAGCAACUACCGGCUCCUUUGUCCAACAUCAGUGAAGUCCAAAGCAGCAUCAUGGAAGAGCUCAACAACCUGACUGUCGUCAAGGACAACGCACAGACUCUAAUAGAACGCAAAGUCAGCUUCGAGAAAACAAAGAAAAUUUUAGCUGUCCCAGAGAUCCAGCGUCAGACAGAGGGUAACAGGGCCAGGCUGCUGGACGAGUAUCCAGCUGACAGGCUGUUCCAGCUGAAGAGGAAGUGUAACGGGUGUCAGGAGCAGGAUGUCAGCCUGCUGGAGGGGGAGCUGGUGGGCCUGCUGGAGGACACAGACCCCCUGGGGAGCCGGGGCCGCUGGCUGGUUGACACGGGCAGUACCCAGGGUUACGUGUACUCAUCCUUCCUGAAGCAGUACAACCCCAACAGGGAUCAGGGUCGACCAGGUCAGGGUACGGGGAUCACAGAGCCCCAGCAACCCAUCGUGGUGCUGGACGAGGACUUUGACAACCUCAGCCUGUUUGUGUCGGGCAGCGGGAGGAACAACAGCAUGCGGAGCCGGAGUAGCAUACCUAACUUCAGCCUCUACAACACCUCCAGUACCUCGCUUGACAGAUGCUCCACCCCGUCCAGCCUACAGGGCGACACAGAGCCAGACAUCCACCAGGAUGUGGACACAGAGCCAGACAACCAGCAGUUUUAUGCGGUGUACGGGUUCCAGGCACGCUGCGACCAGGAGCUGACCAUGCAGGAGAACCAGCAUGUGAGGAUCCUCAAGUUCAGCGACCUGGGAGGCAACAAGGACUGGUGGUUGGCCGAGGCCAACGGACAGAAGGGCUACGUCCCAGCCAACUACCUCGGCAAAAUGUCAUACGCAUAAAGGAAUAGAUUGGGAUUAAGAAGGCCCAGUCCCAAAUGGACUCCUAGCCUCUACAGGCAGGUUUCCCAGACACAGUUUUAGCUUAGUCUUGGACUAAAAUGCUAUUUUAAUAGAGACUCACAAGGACUAGGCCAAAUCUCUGUUCAAUAUCCUUGUGGAGAUUUGAGAGCAUUUGAUAGUUGUACCGUAGCAACAUGGUGGAAUUUCCAGCUAGCAUAUCAGGACAGGGUAGAUUUAUUACCAUAUGCUCUCAAAUCUCCACAGGCAUAGGGUCGACUUGGGAUAGGAUUUUACUGUGAUCUGUCUCUCUUUAAAAAAAAAUUGUAUUGACCAAUGUAAUUAUCAAAAGAUCAUGACUGUUAAGAUAAUUGCAUAUAUGCGUUUUGCACGAAGAAUGGAGCUAUCAUUGUGCUGAGCACUUAGUAUUGCCACCUGCAGUGUUGAUGAAUUUAUAUUGUGAAUGUGUGUCAUCCCAAUGAAAAUAAUGAUUUAUUCUAAUAUCUAAUAUAUUUCAAGCAAAUGUAUUUUGAAAGAGAUCAUGUAUUUUAGAGUUAUACAAUUCCUCCAUGUAAUGUGUAUAUUUUCGAUCACUCAUCAGUGAUGAAUAAAGAGUCUUUAUCAGUG